UUUGGCUCAGCACGUGUUCUUCCUUCCCAGUGACCAUCGGGGAAGGAUCCGUGUUCACCUGAUAUUGGACCAAUGACAAUCCAAAGUGAGGGCCGACCCUGGAACCUCGCACUGUGUCUGGCAACUGCGUUGGUGCCAUGUGCUGGGCAAGCCCUCAUCCCUGAUGUGACUGGUCUCUUUCAGUCGCAAAUGUCCACGAAGCCCAUGACGGCAGACAGCCAGUUCCAGCAACCAGUGAUGCCGAUGUUCCCCCAGCAGUUCCUGCAACCCAUGCAGAUGCCGUAUGUCAGCGCGCUGCAGAUGCCCGAUGGCAAUCUGCGGGGAGCACCAGCGAUGCCAAUGUCGUCUUCAUAUCAAUCGCCAGUGUCCAACAUGUGGCCGAUGAUGCCCGCUUACCAGCCAUCGACUCCCACGAGUUUCUAUCAGCAAGAGAUCGCUUUGGAACAGCAGCUGAUGAGCAUGAACAAUCAGUUGCAGCAGUUGAAGAAAGAGGAGGAAGGUCAGACUCAGAAGUUGCAGGCGAAGACUGCCGAGACUGAGCUGGCUGAGAAGAGACUACAGGAGGCUGAGCAAAAGGCGAAGGAUGCUGACACUACAGCGAAGCAGCUCCAAGAGAGGGAGCAGAAGGUGGAGGAUGAGGCCAUUUCGGCGGUGCGAACGGCCAAGACACAGGUCUCCCAGGCGCAGACGGAGGUGAAGCAAAUGCAAGACGAGCUACGACAGGCGCAAGCAGAUGCGAUCCAAGCAAGGGCUGCACAAGCCGCCGCCGAGGAGCAGGUGGCGAAGUCGGAGAUGCUCCAGGCCGCACAGGCCCAGACUGAUAUCAACAAGGACAUGUUGGGUGCUUUGUCCUCCGUGCGAAGAAACUCCCCUGUGGAUGAGGCACAGCUGAGGACGGGCUGGCCCCCACGCUGAAGAGGAAGAGCCGAAACUUUUCGGCUGAGAGCUGCGAAUCGUGCGGCUGAAAGCGCGGGAGAGCAGACGGGACGGAAGAGCCGAGGGACCGAGAAGA